AUGGCGGAUAAGUUGCGAUCUAUUGGUUCUCGCUACACUUGGACUAAUAAACAGGAGGCUGGGGCCAGAAUUUUCUCUAUGUUGGACAGAGUGUUUAAGAAUGAAGCUUGGAUGGACAUGUUCCCUCAUUCUGAAGUUUUAACAAAUUGGGAUUUAAUUUCUGAUCACUACUUUUGUCUUAUUAAAUCCACUGUUACUGUGUUGCUGGGGGUGAAACCUUUCAGGUUUUAUAAUAUGUGGAUAGAGCAUAAGGAUUUCAGAAGUACUGUGUUGAACAACUGGUUUCAACCUUUACAAGCUCAUGGUUUGUCCUGCAUAAUGAGGAAAUUGGAUAAACUUAAAUAUGUGUUGCGUAAGUUUAAUAAAGAAGCGAUUGGAGAUGUGACGAUUAAUUAUUCAGUUGCUAAGGAGCAGUUUCAGCAGGCUCAGAUUGCCCUCCAGCAGAAUCCUCAUUCAGAGACCCUUAAAGAUUCUGUUCGGACUACUGGUCCGGAUGGUUUUGGUGCUGGAUUUUAUAAGUUUCUAUGGAAGGAUAUUGGAGAUGAGAUUUCAGGUGCUAUUUUGGGAUUCUUUGACAAAGGUAAGCUGCCUUCUGAGAUAAAUAAUACUACUCUUUCUCUCAUUCCCAAAGUGGAGAAUCCUUCUAAGGCAGUGGAUUUUAGACCGAUUUCUUGCUGUAAUACACUUUAUAAGUGUAUUUCAAAAAUGAUUUAUGACCUUAUUAAAGGUUACAAUCGUAGGAAUAUUUCCCCUCGGUGUGUUUUGAAGAUUUAUUUGAGUAAAGCUUAUAAUACUAUUGACUGGCUAUUCUUAGAGAACCUUUUGAAAGCAUUAUGUUUUCCUAGUAGGUUUAUUCAUUGGAUAAUGGUGUGUCUGAGGGGAACUACCUACUCGCUUAUGUUGAAUGGGAGGAUUCAAGGGAAGUUUAUUGGGCGGAAAGGGCUUAGACAAUGGGAUCCAAUAUCUCCCUUAUUGUUUGUUCUUGUUAUGAAAUAUCUUACUAGACUCCUUAUUCAAGCCUCGCAUCAUAAGGAUUUCAGAUUUCAUCCCAUGUCUAAAAAUCUGAACUUGGUUAGUCUCUAUUUUGCUGACGAUCUGGUGUUAUUUUGUAAAGGGAAUGUUCGCUCUGUCCAAAUUCUUCAGGAUGGUUUUUCUCAGUUUAGUGGUGCUUCGGGUUUAUCUAUGAAUUUGGCCAAAUCUCAUGUUUAUUUUGGUGGUUUGACAGUUGAAACUAAGAAGGAUAUUCUGGACUGUCUUAACAUUGAAGAGGGUUCUUUUCCUUUGAAGUAUCUCGGUAUCCCUCUCCGUCCUACCAAAUGGAAGGAUGGUGACUGUGGGAUCAUCAUAAAAAAGAUACAUCUUCGGUUGCAUUCUUGGGCUAGCUGUCAUCUUUCAUUUGCGGGUCGUGCUCAGCUCAUUUACUCUAUAUUACUGGGUAUUAGGUCCUAUUGGAUGAGUAUUUUCUUACUUCCCCAAAGUGUCACUCUUGAGAUUGAUAGGCUUUGUCGGAAUUUUCUCUGGGGUUCAAAAGGUAAUCGAAGUAAACUGCAUUUUAUAGCUUGGGAUCAUGUUUGUUUGUCGAAAAGCUUGGGAGGCAUUGGGUUCAAGGAAGGAUUGAAAUGGAAUAAAGUUGUAUUGGCCAAAUAUGUUUGGGCGUUAUCUUCCAAACAAGAUCUAAUUUGGGUAAAGUGGGUUAAUAAAAUUUAUCUCAAAGGUAUGAAUUUUUGGGAGUACAACCUAAUGGCUGAUGUGAGCUGGUAUUGGAGGAAGUUGGUGCAUCUGAGAUCCUUUCUGACCAGAUGUACUUUGGAGGAUGUAGCUUCAGGUAGGAAGAUUCAGUUGAACAAUCUGUAUAUGCUGCUGCUUCAUCAGAGCAAAGUGAGGUUUGCCAAAGUGCAUAUUUUGCAUAAGAUCGCUAAUUGGUUGGGUAUUUCUAUAUGGCUUUCCAAAUUCUGUGAAUGGAUUGCUUGGAUGGAUGGGAGGCCUAAAGCUAUUUCUAGUAAUAGAGUUCUUUUUCUGAUUAAGGCUAGCUUAAAGGCUACAUUAUUGGGUAUUGCUAGGAAGAAGCUUGGAAUACUUGAGAAGACUUUUCUUGAUUCUAUGAAUCAGUUGUAA